AUGGCAUCCCUCUUCACCGAGACCAUCACAGAGAUGACAACACUGUUUACUCCACCAGCCGAUUGCUCUCGCUCGUGGACUUAUGAAGACGAAUUUUACAAUAGUGUUCCCGGUGGACUUCUUCUACAGAACCAAGAUUCCCUCUCUCUUGACGAAACGUGCUUUCCUCCCUCCUUUAGCGGUAAUGGGCGUGCGCCAUCGUCAAUUCAAGUGUAUAACCCCGGAGCAUGCCCUUUCGGAUACGCAACCCCAGGCCUCUUCCAGAACAGUGGCCUCACAACUGCCAUCUGCUGUCCUGAGUCCUUCUCAUAUGGAAGCACCUACUCCAGUGUAAAUUAUUUCGGAACGACCUCAGUUUUGUUUAUGGGCUGUAUAUCUGAGUUUGACGGCACAACAACCGUAUCUGGCCGAGGGAAUUCGACGAUGAUUGAAGUAGCAGGCACAGACUUGACGAUGUGGGCUCAACCCAUAACAGUCGAAUACAGGCAAGAAGACCUUUCGAUAUUCGGCAUAACGACAACGGCUACUGAACCGGCACAAACAACUUCUGGUGGAACAAUAUCAAACACAGCGAGCUUACCAGGUGCCGCAACAAACUCUUCCUCUCCCGCAAAUACAUCCCCUGCACCAUCUCCAGAUCCAAACACAGUUUCGACAGGUCUGUCAAGCGGUGCGAAGGCGGGCAUAGGGAUUACUGUCGGGGUUCUUGCCAUCGCUGCGAUUGCAUUUGCCACCUUCCUUAUUCUCAGGCGAAGAAAGCAAAGACUUGUCAAAGGUGUAUAUCCAGAAGGCCUGGCCAUGACGGACUCAAAGUACCACCCUGUCAUCCAAGAUACAGAGACACAAGUUUGGGAAAGGCGGGAACUUGAUACGGUAGAGACCGAAGUUCGCCCCCCCCAAAAGUACGAUACCCGAAGAGCACAAAACCCUGGCCAGGUGAGCGAAUUGGAAUAA